AUGGCUUGUGACUUCUUAUUAUUGAUCGUAUUCGUCUGGUCAAUUCUUUGUGGGCCAACUCUUGGAUGGGGAGAUGUCGGUCACCGCACUGUUGCCUAUCUGGCGGAGCAAUAUCUCAAUGAGCAGGCCAAAGGCUUGCUUAAUGACCUACUGCCUCGUACCCAGGAUUUCGAUAUCUCAGACGCGGCCGUCUGGGCUGAUGAACUAAGGCAUAGCGAACGCCCUUCUACUGCAGUUUGGCACUAUGUUGAUGUGAAAGAUGACCCUUUGGGGAAUCACUGCAAUAUAUCACCUCUGCCAUCAAAUUGCGAAGAGAAAGGUUGUAUCAUUACGGCCAUGGAUAAGAUGACCGACCAAAUGCAUGACGAUAGCUCGAAUCAAACAGAAGCUGUUAUGUUUCUGAUCCACUUCUUUGGGGACAUCCAUAUGCCUUUGCAUGUGGAGGAUUACAGAAAAGGAGGGAACCUGAUAAAUGUUACUUUCGACGGUCGCAGAGGCAAUCUUCACGGUAUCUGGGACACAGAUAUGCCCCACAAGAUCAACGGCAUCGGGCACGUCAUCAAGCAUAACGAUGAAAAAUCGGCCUCUCUCAAAUGGGCCAUGCAUCUGUUCCAAAUGAAUGAGCACAGGCCGACGACCGCUGUGGAAUGUUCGGAUAUCACUAAACCUGACGUCUGUGUCAAGGAGUGGGCAAAGGAGACCAAUCAUUUGAAUUGUGCUGUGGUGUUUAGUAAAGGGCUUCCGUAUAUCGAGGACGAGGAUCUUGGGGGUGAGUACUACGAUGAUGCUGCCCCGGUAAUUGCGGAACAGAUAUACAAAGCGGGCGUGCGUCUAGCAGCCUGGAUCAAUGCCCUUGCAGAGCAGCGACACGAUAAACCGGCACUUGUCGUUCAAGGAGAUCGGAUGAGGGAUCUUUGA